UCUUUCUUUUUAGACCUGAAGGAAAGUCAUCAUGGGAGCAUUUUUAGACAAGCCAAAGAUGGAAAAGCAUAAUGCCCAAGGACAAGGGAAUGGGCUUCGUUAUGGUCUGAGUAGUAUGCAAGGCUGGCGAGUUGAAAUGGAGGAUGCACAUACAGCUGUGAUUGGUUUGCCAAAUGGACUUGAUGGAUGGUCAUUUUUUGCUGUAUAUGAUGGGCAUGCUGGAUCACAGGUUGCCAAGUACUGCUGUGAGCAUUUAUUAGAUCACAUCACAAGCAACCAGGAUUUUAAAGGGCCAGAUGGGCCACCAUCUGUGGAAAGUGUAAAGAGUGGCAUCAGAACAGGUUUUCUGCAAAUUGAUGAACACAUGAGAGUCAUCUCGGAGAAGAAACAUGGCGCAGACAGAAGUGGGUCAACAGCUGUGGGUGUCAUGAUUUCUCCCCAACACACAUACUUCAUCAACUGUGGAGACUCAAGAGGUUUGCUUUGUAGAAACAGGAAGGUUCACUUCUUCACACAGGAUCACAAACCAAGUAACCCCCUGGAGAAGGAGCGUAUACAGAAUGCAGGUGGCUCUGUAAUGAUUCAGCGUGUGAAUGGCUCCCUUGCUGUUUCAAGGGCACUUGGGGACUUUGAUUACAAAUGUGUCCAUGGGAAAGGUCCUACAGAACAGCUAGUCUCACCGGAGCCUGAAGUUUAUGAAAUUGAGAGAUCAGAAGAAGAUGAUCAGUUCAUCAUACUGGCUUGCGAUGGUAUCUGGGAUGUUAUGGGAAACGAAGAGCUCUGUGACUUUGUAAGAUCCAGACUUGAAGUCACUGAUGACCUUGAGAAAGUUUGCAAUGAGAUAGUUGACACCUGCUUGUACAAGGGAAGUCGAGACAACAUGAGUGUGAUAUUGAUCUGUUUUCCGAAUGCACCAAAGGUAUCGCCAGAGGCGGUGAAAAGAGAGGCAGAGUUGGACAAGUACCUGGAAAGCAGAGUAGAAGAGAUCAUAAAGAAGCAGGGUGAAGGAGUGCCAGACUUAGUCCACGUGAUGCGUACGUUAGCAACUGAGAGCAUCCCAAACCUCCCGCCAGGGGGUGAAUUGGCAAGCAAACGGAGUGUAAUUGAAGCUGUUUAUAACAGACUGAACCCCUACAGGAAUGAUGAUACUUCUGGAUUAUCCAGAAACUGCUGUAAGUAUGGGCACUCCAGACUUUAAAGGGCUCCUUCUUUUUUCUUUAAGGAUUCUGCCUCAACUGAUGAUAUGUGGUAAAACUGCUCAUCUAGCUGUGGAGUUCACGUUUCAGUCUUCAAAUGAAAGUGCAGCCCAACCUCAGUGACCCUUCUUAACAUCCAUCCUCAAUAUUAAUUAAAGAAGGGAGUAUGAUGUGUUGGUGAGAGUGACUGCAGCAGGAAAACUACAGCAGUACGACAUCUAGCCCAGGAACUGAUCUUUUUUUUGUAAAACAGACUUCUGUAAACGUGAUUUCAAACCAUAAUCCAUGUUGUAAAUCAGACUCCAGCAAUUUAUGUUGUAUGAUUUUGUUUUUUUUGUAAAGUGCAAUUGUCUUUGUACAAAAUGCUCAUAUUUAAUUAUGAACUGCUUUAAAUCACUACAGAGGUUAGAAGAAACGUUUGACUUGUGUGAUGCAACAAUAUAUAUCCCUUUAAAUUCAUGUUGUGGUUUUGGAUUGCAAGGAGCAGCAGCCUAGCCAGCUAGGUGCUCAAGAGGUGCACAAAACUAUAAAGAUAACGUUUGGUCUUCUAUGAAAGCUGAUCUUGUGGGCAGCUUUCCUGAAAUUACAGUAUGUGAAUAUGCUUGGCAAUGGAAAAACACCAGAGCAGUGCACAUUCUUCAACAAGCGGAUCUUGUUUUCUCAGAGGUACUCCUGCUCUCACAUUGAGUUGAAGGGAGUUCUGAUUUCGACUUCAGUGGGAGUUAAAUCAUGCCCUAUUAAUAGUAGCAUGCGUUCAUAAGCAUAUGAACCUCGAGAUUAGAAUGCCUCGAUUCUCUGCACCUCUUUUCAUUAACCCUUACCUGAAAGUAUGGAUCACUGAGCACAAACAGGCAGCUUUCUACGUGCCGUAGGAGUCUGCAGCAUUUUUACAAUCUUAAUUGGCUGGAUUUGCUGCUGUUCCAAGUAAAAUACUUUGAAUUCCAUUUUAUCAAUAAAGCUUGGUUUAACAAACAAGAAAUUUAUCCAUAAAUGUGUAAUUCCUUUUUUUUUCCUGCCUUUUAAAAUGUCAGUGCCAUUGUAAAUGAUCUUUUACAUGUGGAAGAAUAUUUUUAUUAAUUGGUAGCCCAUUUUUAAAAUGGGAGGAGUUUUGAUUAUUGCCCAAGACAUAGCCAUAUGCUAGAGGAUGACGUGGGAUUAAUCUGUGACCCUGUUUUUUACGAGUAUGGACUUUUUCAGGCUUCUUUUCUUCUCCCCGCUGAAGAUGUGCAUUGGUUUGAAUUUGCCUACUGUUUGAUAAAAAUACAUUUGUCAAAGCCUGACAAUCUUUAACAUUUUAUGGUGUGUAUUUUUAAUUGACCCACUUACUUAGAAUGAGAGACUAGUGGUUAAACAGUACUUGUGAUUAGAGAUAUAGCAUGUUGAUAAUAUCUGUUUGUUGUUUAAAAUUCUAAUUUAAAUUUUUUUAAGAGAAUAAACUAAUUUGAUUUAAGGUUAGCUUUCUCCCACUGAACAUGCAAAAUUAAGUUUUAAAGUCAGUCGUGUUUGCAAAACUGCUGUUUUGUGCACCUUGUAUUGUCUUUUCGGUUGAGAAUAUUGUAUUUAAUAUGUAGUUUACUCAUUUAGUAGGCAGAUUCCCCAAAAGGAAAAUCAGUAAAACAAGUAGAUUGUAACAUUUACUGCAGUUAAACAGAAUCAAAACUUGGUGUAUAAUUAUUUUGAUAGGAAAACGUAGUACAAUGCAUUUUGCUAUGUGUCUUUCCCUAACUUUGAAAUAUACAUAUUUGUAUAUAUAGCCUUAAAACUAAUGCAGAGUUAGGGAACACUGAACAGUGAAAAAGUAACUUAUAGUGUCUUGGAACUAAGUAUAGUAUAUACCAGCAAACUUUUCUUUUAUCCCUCUUGUCUAUGUGGGGUGCUUAAAACGUAACUUCAUUGUAUUCAGUUUGUAAUCUGUUCAAGCAUGACUGAAGAAAACAUAAGCACUAUUUGUAUUUAUAAAUUUCUAGCAAUUUUUGCUUAAAGAACCAGUUCCUUACCUACCUAUGAAUAAAUGCUUAAAAUGUCUAAUUUUGUUGUAGAGUGCAAAACUAUAAUACCGUUAAGUUAUAGCUUCACAGGCACCUAAUUAACAGGCGUAUUUAAUAAUACAUGGCGUAUUAGUGCAAAAAGCUAAACGCAGCUUAGGACUAGGCAGAUACGGUUCUGUCUUUUUUCAUCUAGACUGAAGUUUAGUUUUGGGAACUGCAAAACCUUGAACUGGACUGUGGAAACCUUUUCAGUUUGAAACUUGUAAAAAUCGGAAGCAAAACUGUGGUGUGUAAAGCCAUACUUCAUAAUCGCUUAAACUGUCUCAGUGACGAAUUUCUAUAGAUGAAGCCUCUUCCUAUGAGGUCUCCUAAAGGUUAGGAGGAACGUGCUUCUGCUGUUGUGACAGGUGCUGUACCCAGGUUUGAGGGCAGUGGCAGAAAGCCCGUUUCAGGCCUUUCUCCCUCCCGCCUAUGUUCAGCGUUUUGAUGAGGUCAGAGCACUGAAUCUAUUACGUAUGCAUAGACACUGCCAUUUUAGAUACAGAUUUUGAUUACAAAAUACACUAACUAUAUAAAGCAUCCUAGAAGAGAGGCGAGCUGUGCUUUUCACUGCUCUGAAAAGAAAAAGGCACUUUUGCACAUUUGUGCAUCUCCUUCUUGCACCAGAAACUUUUUUUUAAUGCUAAAAACAUUAGCACCUCAGGGGCAAGGCAGCAAUUUUUUUUUUUGAAGUAUUGUGUGCUAUUUAUUUCCCUCAUGGAAAAAGAUUCCUGUGUGACAAAAAUGAAAAAUUGUGUGAUGUUAAAAUAUGUAUUUUUAAAUACAUGUUCAAAUAGGAUGGUCCCAAUUUGCUUGUUUUUUUUUUAAAAAAAAGAUAUUUGUAAACCUACUUUGCUUCGUAUGCCGUGCAACUUUGUUUUCCUUCUACAUUUAACAGCUUCACUGGCUUCACUUUCUGUGAGUUUUGUUUCAGUCAGAUUAAAUGUUUCACUGGUAAUUCUGGGAAAAUACCUGUACUGCUUUACAGACAACUGUUUCAAAUAAUUCUCACUAAUUCAGCAUUGAAAUAUGUUCAAGACAGAAGCUUCUUUUAAAAAAUGUGUUUUAAAACCAGUGUUGGAUUAACUGAAUGUGAUUACAUCAAGCAGGGCCCCAGACUUGCAAGGCUUUGUAAAUCCGUUGUCAGUUGCAUCCUGGUGUACCCACAGCGGGCAGAAAUCAGCAGGUGCUGAGCAAGCAGUGGCCUUUUGGCUGGCUAGCACUUAGAUAGUCUGUAAGCAGCUCUGCAGAGACCCUGAUGCAUGGCCCUCACUCAUUGUAAUCUCCAGCAGAAGUCAGAAUUGGAGAUGGAAAUUACAUCUCCUUGUCAUUAACCUGCGCUGAAUUGUGCUCAUUCUAGGUUGUCUCAUACUAGCGAGUAUGAGUAGAAUAUUGAAUGGCAGAUGAGGAAUUGUAGCACCAACCCUGGUAGCUCAUGCAGGUGCCAAAGGUGUUCAUCUUAACGUGCUUAGGAUACUGACUUGAAUGGCUAUGAAAUAGUUUACUAUGAAACUGAUACUGUCUCAACUGUAUAGGUUAGAGCCUGAGCCAUUUUGCUUGGUUCAAAAAUUGGAAACUUCAGGGUGAUUUAGUAAAACUGGGGAGUAGUUUGCACUGUAGUUGAUACCCUGGUAAGAAUCUCAUUUUGACAUGUUACACUGGGAUAAUUGAGACUUCCUAUUGCAUUUUUUUAAAUAAUUUAUAAACUAAAGAUAUGGUUUCAUGGUCAGCUAAUAUCAAGCCUGAGCAAUUGCUAUAAGUUUUCUUCCACUGCCUGCUUUGUUCUAGCUGUAGUGCUUAUGUGGCUGUGCAGUUACAAGGGGGAAAGAAAACCUGUGCUCUUCAGCUUGGAUAAGUGGAUAUUUCAAGUUCCUUGAGCUAGCACUAGGAAGGCAGGGCUGUGAGCAAGGGAAUGGUUGCAGCACCCCUUUUGCUGCAGCUGGGGACAUCAGAGCCCCAGUGCAGAAAAGUAGUGGACCUAUGUAGGAAAUAUCAAAGCCUUUGCAGAUCUUUCUCCGCACUGUGCGUAAGACAAAUGUUUUACCUUGGUCAGCAUUCUUUUUCUUGAAGCUGGAAUCACGCAGCUUUGAGUUUAAUGUCUUGUAUGUGAGCUCUAUGCUGACAAACUUUUUGUUAGUUGUCUAUAUUUGUAUGCAGCUCUGUCUUAAGAGAGAGGUGGCAUGGCUGUCACAGUUAGGUUAAUGAGAAGGCUCUUAAGAGUUUACCGUAUUUCAAUGUACAGCAGGAUUUUGUCAUGCUAAUAUGUUCACUUGAAUUUGUACAUGUGCAUUCUUGAAGUGCUUUAUGGCCAAAUGACUUGGUACAUUUAAAUUUCUUGAUGUUUAAACUUGGCCAUUUCAGCAAUAGGCAAACCUUUAGUCAAACAUUACCCUUUUCCCUCAUCAUUGGGCAAAUACAAGAUUUCAAUAAAAACCUGAUGUACCCUGCUUGGAUUAAGAAACACCAGAAUUAAGUAGAGCUGUGGAGCUGUACUUCUACAGCUCUAUUUCCAUGUGAAUUGGAAUUGUUACUCCGUGCCAAGCUUCUGGAAGUGUAAAAAUGUCUUCAGGAUAACUGGUAUCACUCUUUGUUCCUGCAGCUGUGUCCAUUUGAGAUGAUCAUGACUGAAGCCUUCAUAUGACAUUACAGGGUGUAAAGUCUAUUUGGCUGGAUAGAUUUUUAUCUCUGUAAGUGGUAAGAAGAGGCUCCACACGUGGAUUUCUAGGAUGUUGUAGCGCAUAAAAUGAAUGCAGUUUCCAGAGUGAGCCACUAAAAUGUAUAAAAACAGAGUGAAACUUGCAGAUAACUAUCUGGGCGAAGUAUUUUGGAUAGAGCAGUGUUUAUCAGGGGAUGUGAUCUGGGGAGCUCUACCUGAGCUGCCUCUGGAGUGCUUGCACAGUCUGCAGCUCAGCCAUUGCCCUUGGAAGCUUUUUGUACCCUUAUUUUGCUUAAUACUGGUGUUGCUCUGUGAAUGAGGUAGCACUCACCUGGGUCAUGGCAUUGGGUUGCAGAAGCUCAAGAGGCUGCAGGAGAAUGUAAAGCUUUUCUUUACGCUCGUAGACCACUAACUGCUUUCAAGUAGAAAAAGAACAUACAGCAUGCUGAAAAUUAGGUUUACGUCGUCUCCCACUGAAAAUGAAUUUCCAGGAAAAUCUUCAAAAAUUAGUUUACUUUUAGUACAUGAAAAAGUCAGGCACUUUAAUCUGAUUAUGUUGUAGUUGUCAACCUAUAGUGAGCCAUGUCUUUACUUCAUUUUCCUCUGGAGUAGCAGUAAAACAGCUUUUCUUCCCCAUCCUGUAGACACUCUUGCAAUGGAAGUCUUUGCUUCCCAGCUAAGAGUCCAGGAGCAGUCGUGGUGUCUUAGGAAAAGGGUUUCCGAGGAGUCGUGCUUUACUUACAACAAAAAUCCUAACCUUUGCAACGCCAGAAUUUGGAAAAGUGGGCUUAACUUAAAGAAUGCCUUCUGCAGAAUGCAUGACUUAGUUCUACUCGGAAAAAUCUCAAAACUUCAGCAGAGAUGGGAGAUGAUAGGUCAGAUUGCAAGAUUACGUAUGGUUUUAUGCCUAACCAAAUUGUUGUGUUUAACUCGUACUGAUUCCUGUCUGAAUGCUUUUUAAAAUAUCUUUUAUGUUGAAAUAAUAACAAUAAUAAUUUUUAGAAAGGGAGAGAGAAAACCAAUGGUCCUUACUUACUGUAUAAGCAGUAAUUUGUUUGCAAGGAUGAGUGCUGUGUCAGCCAGUAGUGUUUUUCUGUAAGAGCACUGCAUCUGCACUUCUCAGCUCACUCAGUAGCGCUGAGCCAGAACUCAGAUUCCUGUUUGCUUCCAUUAACUGUAUGACUCUGAAGAGCUGGUGGAGCCACAAGUUUUUUAUGGCUGAAGUAGGCAGGGCUCUUGACAGAUGUUGUGAGUAAGCCUCCAACACAAAGGAGAUGCCAUUGUUAUUUCUCUUGAGAAAUAUUUUUGUGAAUUAAAAUGAGAAAACAGACUGGCAGGUCAGAAAACAUCACAUACUUCUGUAGAUACCUGUAGACUGAGGUCUUUGGAGUUUAAUUUCAUUUAUAUUGCUGAAUUCAACUCAGUUUGAGCAAUGGAAAUAGCAGUUGCCAAUUUCAUUUUCACUGUUGGGUUUUCAGGCUGUAGCACAAUAUUUCACUUCACGCUACAAGGGAAAAUUGAAUUAAGGUGAUGCUGGGAAAAUAAGGUGCAUACUUAACGGCAGCCUGCUGAUGUUGAUGGAGAAUCACUCCAGUAUAUUGAGUUUGCUCAAGUAUUGUUGCAGCCUUAACUGUCCCACUUUUGUAGGAAUUAAAUGUAAUCGUUAUUUGGAUUUGGUUUUGAAAAAGCUUUUCAAAGCUGAAGGGGAAAGAGGUGACAGUCCUAAAGCAAAACGGUAGAUUAAUUAGAAUUAAUAAUGUCCUAAUUCUUUGAGUAUGCAAGUCAGCAGUUUUUUCUUCUAAAACAUCAGAAGGACAGAAUUUAAGAGGUUGCGGUCUUUCAUGUACUGCUUUUGGCUUUAAAAAAUAAAAGGAUGGAACUCAAAAUGAAUUACCUGGGAUGGGAAUGCAAAGAGGCCCUAAACCCCUAGGAAUAAAUAUGCUGAAUAUGCAGAGCAUCGUUUCCGUAUCCAUUAAUGGAACUUCUGAAAACAUCAGUGCUGGCAUUUUAGGGAGCUUUUGUUCUUGCUGAGUGUUUGAUGCUAGACUCUCAAGUCUGCUGCACAUGAAACUUUCAGACAUGUACAUUGGAAGCUGGGCAUUAUGCAAGGGUCCCCAGUCUGCAAGGAGCUGGAGGAGCCAUUCCCGCGCCUUCUGGUUGAUGCCAUAGGGACAGUUUGGUGCUGGAAACUGAGAUUUCCUACCAUCUGUUGCUGGUGUUGUGAUCCACAAUGACCUUGAGUACCAAGAGUUAAGUUGUAUUUAUUAACCAGAUCUAACUUUUUGGUGCCAGGAAUCUAGUUUUUAGAGGAAGUGCUGAGUUUUGCAGGCAUUUGUAGCUAAUGGUGCCAGGUAAUUCAGUGCUCAGAUUACUGAAUCACUGGUGACAAGGCAUUAAUAGGAGACACGAGCCUAGGAUCUCUUGGCCAGGGAGUUUGGAUAUUUGAGAAGUGUGAGUCAAUAGGAUUUCCGGAACUGGCUGCUUCAUUAAUGUUUCAAAGCAAAGAUUUUGGUUUUUAGCAUCUGUCUUGUUACUAAGACUAUGUACAAACAUGCUGAAUUAGAGAGUUUUUCACCUGUCUCCUCACAGAGUUGACUCCACAUCGUACCAUGAAAGUCUCGUUUGUAGUGACAUGCUGUGCCUGUCUUUUUAGAGAAUUCAUGACCUCUUUAUAUCUAUUUUGUGGAAAGUGUAACUUUUUCAUUGAUGACUUGUAUAAAUGUGUGUUACAAAUGGAGAGAUUUAAGCUUGAAAAGCAUGUUUGCAGAAUACACGGCUUCGUUAUGGAAUUUAUAAAUUUAACAGAGUAAUAUACCAGAGCAUAACUAUUUUCCUUAAGUAGAAUGUAUAACAAUAUAUAAUAAAUUAUUCUCCACAUAGUUCACCGAUAUUUACAGUUUUACACAAUUCAAACUGUGUGUUUACAGAAAGUUCAAUAAAUGUAUAUUUUGUACUAUGUACAGAUUCCUGGUCCCAAAGAAAAUGUGUGAACUUAGUUUCUAACUUAA